CACCGGAAGUUAGCCGAUAUAGCAUUAGGAAGAAGAAGAUCAAACGUAGUUGUUGGUCUCGUUUUACACAACGAGAUUAUUUUCAAAGUAUGCGGUAAAAAAAAAGUAAGUCCUAACCAUUACAGAACUUGGAAUAAAUUAUAUGUAUGCUGUUUUACAAUCCUCGUUGGAUGAAUGGAUUAAUGAGCGUGAACCUAAUGUGAACAGGUGACGUUAACGCGCGCGCUUCGCUGCACGAUGGCUGCCCAGAGAGGUCUCCCUCAGAGCAAAGAGUCUCUGCUACAGAACUACAACAAGAGGCUGAAAGAUGACAUCAGGUCCAUCCUGGACAACUUCACAGAAAUCAUCAAAACAGCAAAGAUAGAAGAUGAGACCCAGGUUUCCAGAGCAACCCAGGCAGAGCAGGACCAUUAUGAGAUGCAUGUCAGAGCAGCCAACAUUGUCCGAGCCGGCGAGUCCCUGAUGAAGCUGGUGUCGGACCUGAAGCAGUUCCUGAUCCUGAACGACUUUCCGUCGGUGAACGACGCCAUCAGCCUCCAGAACCAGCAGCUGCGCUCGCUGCAGGACGAGUGCGACAAGAAGCUCACGUCGCUCCGGGACGAGAUCGCCAUCGACCUGUAUGAGCUAGAGGAAGAAUAUUACUCCUCCAGCUACAGUCAGUGGGACAGCACUGAUCUGCCGCUGUGCGAGGCGUACCGCCGGCGAGACAGCUGGGCCUCGCCGGGCAGCAGCUGCAGCUCCACGCAGGGCGACCGAGAGGACGCGGAGGGACCUCCGUCACAAGAGGCGAACCCCCAACACCACCUCAACGGACACGGGACGUCCUCCAUAGAGAAACCAUGAGGAGGAAGGCAGACUGAUGAACACUUGUGCUCAAUCUGUACUUAAGUGGUUUGGCUAAUUUAGUUUCCAUUACACAUUGUGAACUAGCGUCUGCCACGGCAACUUAACCUUUGAUAUUUCUUUUUGCAUAAAUAGGUAUUAAGAGUAGAAUAAAGAAACUGUACUGAAGAAAUACCUGAAAGUCAUUAAUAGGAAAGAUCAGAAGUAACAUUCCCCUCCGUAUAAAUUCAUUUUUUCAAAAUGAACUUACACAUUUGCGUACACUCUACACUUUUAUACUGUAUAUACAAUACUUGAGUAAAAAAUCCAGACAACUUUUACUUUUUUUCCGGGUAUAGCAUUUUGUUUUUGAGCGUAUGUGCUUACAUUUAUUUCAUUUCUUGUUUUUUUUUUUACUUCUCCAAGCACUUGUCACAUUAAAGAACAAAUUCAAUCUUGUGGUUUUAGUUUUUUUAUUCCUUUUUUAAUCUAUUAAAAAGCCCUAAAUACACAAUUCUACAACUAAAAGUCAACAUUUAACAGUGGACUAAAAAGCAAAUCUCUCACAAUACGGAGCAGGAAUACCACUCGUUUAACAUUUCUUAUGUCUGACAAUCCUCAGCCAUUUCAUCAAUGACAUGGAAUGAUCCUUUAACAUAUCACAAAGCAAAUACUGUACACAGACAGCCACAAGGAACCUUUGUACGGACUGCUGCACUGGCUGUAGAGUCCUCUGAUUAACAGAGGACGUUCGAGAAAAUGGCGCUGCAAAUUAUCUUCAUGGUUUAUCUGGAGGCCUCAAUCUUUAUUAAGAUGAUAUCAAGUUUAAGUCAAUAGGUUCCCAAACUUUUUUUACAUCAAGGAUCCCUAAACU